CAACUAUGGAUAACCAUCAAAGGCAGCAACACCACAAAAGCCCCUCAUGUGUAAUGAAGGGCAGUUAAAUGAAGUGUUUUAAGACACAUUCCAAGGACAUUGAACAUUGAGCAAGGCGUCAAGAGUAAAUGCAGGAGACUAUCUUAUUCCAUUAAUGGGCCUGGUAUCAUUGAACUGGCUAAAGAUAUGAUGAAGAAAGAGUUCAAGUUCUAACAAAAGAGUGGCCAUCACUGAACUUAUGUAUUUAAACGUGUUUAACACGGCUGCAGUUGGCCUCAGGUACUCCAAAGAGGAUCUUUUAAGUGAUUACUUCACAUCUGUUUUAACCGUGCCAAGUAGUCUUUAGAACUGCAAGGUCAUUGUGAAAGAAAAAAAAGGCUACCAGUUUCAAUUGCCUGUUUAUCUCUAUUCUACAUUGACAGCUAACUGAAGAUUUUUAUCGAAAAUGGAGCAAAACCAUUCGAAUCUAUUAGCAUGGCAAACAGCACCAAACUAAGUGAUUCUGAACAUGCAAUGCUAUUCUACAUCGGUGAAUAUAUCCUUCCUCAGCUGCAAAAGAGACUUGCUAAACAGGGCACAGAAACUGCAGAAGGAAAAACAAUUCAACCUACAAGUAAAUGAAAAAUGGGAAGGAUUCAGAGUAAAAUAUUGUGAGCAAAUUCAUCAUUUGUACUAGUGCAGUCAGUUGUGGUGGUCUGAACGUGUCUAGUGAAAGUUUCUCUCUUUUCAUACAGGAAUGUGAAGUGUGUGUUAGGAAGAACCUGAAGUAAAAACAGAAGCUAGUAAAGCAAGUUUAGCUGCGCAUAGGGAGGUCUUGCAGCUCUUGCUCAAUAACUCAAUGGUCAAGCAUUAUUUGGAGAAAGCGUUAAAAGGGAAGCUUAACUCUCACAUACAAUGUAAUUGUAUAAAAUGUAGUAAUAUAAUAUAAUGUAGUAAUGUUUAUAUACAUACUUGGACCAGCAGUUGCACGGAAACGGAAAAUGAACAUUCUGAAAGAAUCAGAAUCACAUACUUGAACUUCUUUGAGGGCAGCUUUUUAAGACCAAACAAAUAAUAAAAAAGCAUGGAGUUACGCAUAUUCCAUAGUGCCAGUGACUCGUUCCAUCAGAAAUGCUUCACAAACAAGGAAACAUUGUCAGCCCUCUCUGUUCAAGUUGGUGAUUAUGUAGAAAUUGAAACAGAGGGUAGACGGUUCAUUUCGUCAAUAUGGGUCAAGAAUGGCUUAACUCUUAACAGUUUGUUUAUGAAUGAUUGUGUUAGCUGCAGGGUUGAGAACAAAACUGUUUCAUGUAAUGAAAUCAGCACCUUGUCUCCAAUGAUAGCAUCAGAUGUAAAGGUCACUGUUAUUCUUCCAAACAUUGAAGAUGUCAUUAAGAUGCAACACAAUGCUGUAAGAAUGAAUGAAACAACAAACCACUGCAAAGAUAUUCUCACUCGAUUGUGUGUGUUAGAGGAUUUUACUGUGAACUGUUCAAAAUCAAAGUUUGCAAAUCUAGCUGGCAUAGGUCGCAUAAAAAUUGAUGAAGUGACAUGUAAUGCCAUUGUCCCACAAACACAUCUGAGUAGUUACAUUAUUACAACAGGCACUAAUUUAACAAUAAACAAGGUUCACAGUGAAGAAUGGUACUCCAAAAUGACUAAAACUGAACAGCUUGUUAAGCCAGGAGGAUUAGACUCUGUUCUAGGAUUAUUAAGGGACCUAGUUAGACUUCCUUUAGACCACAAACACCAAUUUUCAGAGAUGGGAGUGAAACCUCCGAGAGGUAUUUUGCUUAGAGGACCUCCUGGUUGUGGUAAAACGUCUUUAGUACGCUAUUUGGCCCAAACUGAAAAAAUAUUUUUAUUGUCUAUUAAUGGCCCAGAUAUAUUUGGACCAUUACCAGGAGAAACAGAAGAAAACAUGAGGAAAAUUUUCUUGAAAGCCAAAACAAUGAGUAGGGAAGGGCCAUGCAUGUUGUUUAUUGAUGAAAUUGAUUCAAUAUGUCCAAGAGGAGGGAAGUCGGAGAGUACACAUGCAGUCAGAGCUACCGCCCAGUUUCUAUCCCUAAUGGAUGGGUUAUCUGGAGGAGAGGACUUCCUGGUUGUAGCUGCAACUAACAGGCCUUCAAGUCUUCACCCUGGGCUACGCAGACCGGGCAGGCUGGACAGGGAGGUUCUUGUCAGUCCACCAAAUGUACACCAGAGGCUGGAGAUCCUGGAGUCCCAUGCAGGGGCUCUGUUGCUAGGUGAUGACCUUGACCUGGUGGCCAUAGCAACAGUAACCAAUGGUUAUGUAGGAGCUGACCUGGCGUCCCUCUGUUAUGAGGCUUCAUACCUUGCUAUGGCUGAACACAGUAAGGUGAGCCAGGCUCACUUUCUGUCCAGCCUCCAUAAGGUGCGACCUUCCCUACAGAAAGGUGCAGAGGGGGUGGUGGAUGUGCGGCCUGUCAGCUGGGAUGACAUUGGGGGACUUGACUCAGUCAAACUGCAGAUUAAACAGGCAGUGGAAUGGCCUUUGAAGCACCCAGAGGCAUUCCAGCGGAUGGGUCUGUCUCCACCCUGUGGUGUGCUGCUGUACGGGCCCCCAGGGUGCUGUAAGACGACCCUUGUGCGGGCUGCGGCCACCGCCUGUCACAGCACCUUCCUUACCCUCAGUGGUGCGCAGCUGUACUCUCCCUUCGUCGGUGAGUCUGAGAGACUCAUUUCUGAGGUAUUCCAGAAAGCACGUGCCUGUGCCCCGUCCAUCUUAUUUCUGGACGAGAUAGAUUCGAUAGUGGGCAAGCGGUCAGCAUCUGGCAGCCGUGGUGUCCAGGAGCGAGUCCUCUCAACUUUACUGAAUGAGAUGGAUGGUGUUGGGGUCAGGCUGGAUGAGGGGACAGGGGGAUCUCAAAGGGUCCUAGAAGGGUCAGCUGCACCUACAUGUAUACAGAAAGUGAGGGAGAAGACAUCAGUGGAGAAUAAAUCAGUUCUUGUUGUCGCGGCAACCAACAGGCCUGACCUACUGGAUGAGGCCCUGAUGAGGCCAGGCAGGAUUGAUCGUAUUGUGUAUGUUGGCCAUCCUGAUCAACAGGCUCGUCAUCAGAUCCUGUCCAUUUAUACCCAAGGACUGAAACUUCAUGAGUGUAGCUUAGAUGAGCUUGUUGGACAGACAGACAUGUACACAGGGGCAGACCUGCAAAGCUUGUGUAGAGAGGCAGCCCUAUGUGCCCUAACGGAGGACCUGUCAACCAGUGUGGUGGCUGGGGCCCAUUUCCAGCAGGCCCUGGGUACUGUACCCCCCUCCCUCACCCCGGAUCUCAUAUCCAGAUAUGCAGCACUCACAAUCCCUGGCAGGCCAAGAUAGGGCUCACAGUUGAUCCAGCAGGCCCUGGGUACUGUACCCCCCUCCCUCACCCCGGAUCUCAUAUCCAGAUAUGCAGCACUCACAAUCCCUGGCAGGCCAAGAUAGGGCUCACAGUUGAUCCAGCAGGCCCUGGGUACUGUACCCCCCUCCCUCACCCCGGAUCUCAUAUCCAGAUAUGCAGCACUCACAAUCCCUGGCAGGCCAAGAUAAGGCUCACAGUUGUUGUUAUUUUGUUUUUCCUGAAUAAUAAACAAAUGAUUCAAAG